UCUUACAGUUUUCUCUCUCUCUUUUCACCUCUAAAAUUUAUAGUGAGAGAAACUCAGUGUUCUUCUUACUACCUUCACUCUUUCUCUCUCUCUCUCUCUGUCUCUGUGUGUGUGUGUGUUUUCAUUCUUCGAUACGCUGCGCUGCGCUGCGCUCUGCUUCGUUCUUCCCUACACCUAGAAUCGGAGCCGAUUUUAUUUUCCAUCUUCUUUUUCAGUGUUCAUCAUGGUCAGAAAGAAGAGAACUGAAGGACCUAGCGGGGGUGAAAGCUCUGAGGGUCAACGUCCUCCUGAAAGGACUGCACCACCACCACAACAGGCGGCUGCAGCAGGAGGGGCAGCACCCCAAGGAGGUAGAGGUUGGGGUCCCCAAGGAGGACGUGGGGGACGUGGUGGUCGUGGGAUGCCACAACAGCAGUAUGGUGCCCCCCCUGACUAUCAAGGUAGGGGGAGGGGAGGGCCUUCUCCUCAGCAAGGAGGUCGAGGAGGAUAUGGGGGUGGCCGUGGCAGCGGCGGUGCUGUGGGCAGUGGCCGAGGCAUAGGUCCUUCAUAUGGUGGCCCAUCUCGACCACCAGUCCCCGAGCUGCACCAAGCAACCUCAGUUCCACAUCAUGCUGGGGUGACUCCUCAGCCUACAUCACCUGAGGCCAGUUCUUCUUCCCAGCCGCCGGAAACGUCCCAGUUGGAAACACAAAUGGGGCAGAUGACAAUUCAUUCUGAAGCUGCAGCUGCUGCUGCUCCUCCCUCAAGUAAAUCAAUGAGGUUUCCCCUUCGCCCUGGAAAGGGUAGUUAUGGCACCAAAUGUAUUGUUAAGGCCAAUCAUUUCUUUGCUGAGUUACCCAAUAAAGAUUUGCAUCAGUAUGAUGUAACAAUUACUCCAGAAGUUACUUCAAGAGGUGUAAACCGUGCUGUUAUGGAGCAGUUAGUGAGGCUGUAUCGAGAGUCACAUCUUGGAAGGAGACUUCCAGUUUAUGAUGGGCGCAAGAGCCUCUAUACAGCUGGUGCCCUUCCUUUUAUGUUGAAGGAUUUUAGAAUCACCCUCAUUGAUGACGAUGAUGGAACGGGAGGGCAGAGGAGGGAGAGAGAAUUCACAGUUGUCAUAAAAUUUGCUGCACGGGCGGACCUUCACCAUUUAGGACUCUUUUUGGAGGGGAGGCAAACUGAUGCACCUCAAGAAGCUCUUCAAGUUCUUGACAUUGUUCUUCGCGAACUCCCCACCACAAGGUAUUGUCCGGUAGGAAGGUCAUUUUAUUCUCCUGACCUAGGAAGGAGGCAGCCAUUGGGAGAGGGGUUGGAAAGCUGGCGUGGCUUUUAUCAGAGUAUUCGUCCCACUCAGAUGGGACUAUCUCUGAAUAUUGAUAUGUCAUCAACUGCUUUUAUCGAGCCAUUGCCAGUAAUCGACUUUGUAACACAACUGUUGAACAGGGAUGUGUCGAGUCGACCACUUUCGGAUGCUGAUCGUGUUAAGAUCAAGAAAGCUCUUAGAGGGAUUAAGGUUGAAGUAACACAUCGCGGAAACAUGCGGAGAAAAUAUCGUAUCUCUGGCCUGACUUCGCAGGCUACAAGAGAGCUGACGUUCCCUGUGGACGAGAGGGGAACAAUGAAAUCGGUUGUUGAAUACUUCUCCGAGACAUAUGGUUUUGUAAUCCAACAUACGCAGUGGCCAUGCUUACAAGUUGGAAAUACUCAGCGACCUAAUUAUCUUCCAAUGGAGGUUUGCAAGAUAGUGGAAGGCCAGAGGUACUCAAAGAGGCUGAAUGAGAGGCAGAUUACUGCUUUGCUAAAAGUCACAUGCCAGCGUCCUGUUGAGAGGGAGCGUGAUAUUAUGCAGACUGUACAUCAUAAUGCCUACCAUGAAGAUCCUUAUGCCAGAGAAUUUGGAAUCAAAAUCAGUGAGAGGCUUGCUCAAGUCGAAGCUCGCAUCCUACCUGCUCCUUGGCUCAAAUAUCAUGAUACGGGUAGAGAAAAGGAUUGCCUGCCUCAAGUUGGCCAAUGGAAUAUGAUGAACAAGAAAAUGGUUAACGGUGGAACAGUCAAUCACUGGUUCUGCAUAAACUUUUCAAGGAAUGUUCAAGAUAGCAUUGCACGGGGUUUUUGCUAUGAACUUGCACAGAUGUGUUAUAUAUCUGGCAUGGCAUUUAAUCCAGAGCCAGUAGUUCCCCCACUCAGUGCUCGUCCUGACCAAGUAGAAAAAGUUUUGAAAACUCGGUAUCAUGAUGCCAAGAGCAAACUGCAGGGAAAGGAGCUUGAUUUGCUCAUUGUUAUUUUGCCUGAUAAUAAUGGGUCUCUCUAUGGAGACCUUAAACGUAUAUGUGAGACAGAUCUUGGGCUUGUUUCCCAGUGUUGUUUAACUAAGCACGUCUUUAAAAUGAGCAAGCAGUACCUUGCAAAUGUUGCAUUGAAAAUUAAUGUGAAGGUUGGAGGAAGGAACACCGUGCUUGUUGAUGCGCUCUCACGACGCAUCCCGCUUGUGAGUGACAGGCCCACAAUUAUUUUUGGUGCUGAUGUGACUCAUCCACAUCCUGGAGAGGAUUCAAGUCCAUCAAUUGCGGCUGUUGUGGCUUCGCAAGAUUGGCCUGAAAUUACAAAGUAUGCCGGUUUGGUUUGUGCCCAAGCACAUCGACAGGAGCUAAUUCAAGAUCUUUUCAAACAAUGGCAAGAUCCAGUCAGAGGAACAUUAUCUGGCGGAAUGAUCAAAGAACUUCUUAUAUCUUUUCGGAGGGCUACAGGGCAGAAGCCACAGCGUAUCAUAUUUUACAGGGAUGGUGUGAGCGAGGGGCAGUUUUAUCAAGUUUUAUUGUUUGAGCUUGAUGCUAUCCGAAAGGCUUGUGCAUCGCUUGAACCCAACUAUCAGCCUCCUGUGACAUUUGUGGUGGUUCAAAAGCGACAUCACACCAGGCUCUUUGCCAGCAACCAUCAUGACAGGAGUUCUGUUGACAGAAGUGGCAAUAUAUUGCCUGGCACUGUUGUAGACUCUAAGAUCUGCCAUCCAACUGAAUUUGACUUUUAUCUUUGUAGUCAUGCUGGAAUACAGGGUACAAGCCGUCCAGCUCAUUAUCAUGUGCUUUGGGAUGAAAACAAUUUUACUGCUGAUGCUUUGCAAGUGCUUACAAACAACCUGUGCUACACAUAUGCUAGAUGCACGCGUUCUGUUUCAAUUGUGCCCCCUGCAUAUUAUGCUCAUUUGGCUGCAUUUCGUGCACGAUUUUAUAUGGAACCUGAGACAUCUGAUAGUGGGUCUAUGACAAGUGGUGCUGUUGCUGGUCGUGGAAUGGUAGGUGGUGCAGGACGGAGUACCCGUGCACCUGGUGUUAAUGCUGCUGUUAGACCCCUUCCAGCCCUCAAGGAGAAUGUUAAGAGGGUUAUGUUUUAUUGCUAAAAUGAUGUUUCCUGCCCUCAAGGAGAAUGUUAAGAGGGUUAUGUUUUAUUGCUUAAAUGAUGUUGUAUUGCUAAAAUGAUGUUGUAUUGCUCCUGUUGAAAUUGUGCACCCGUGCACCUGGCUCUCUUUUUUUGUUUUUGUUUUUCUGAAACAUUUGUCAUUAGUAAUUAUUGCACUGCACUAGUUGGAUGUUUAAUCGAGAAAUUGAAUUUGAGAUCUGAUUAUUAUUUUCUAUUGAUCCAUUACUUCAUUCUAAAUGAAAAAUAUGAUUAUUGUUUUUCGGUGAA